CACUCGCAGCGUUCAGCUCCUAAGUUCCCAUCCUGUGGCAUAUCUUUUACCAGUCUACAGAGUGAUGGAUUCAAAAGCCCCAGAAGACAGGCUACCAGAGCAGCUAUUCCUGGAUUAUUCCAUCCGUGAUAUCCAAGAAGAUCGUCUCGGAACGGCCAAUGACCCGUGGGCUCCUGUAUAUCUCGAUGCCAUCCGCGACGGGAGGUAUGGGGAUGCAGUGUGGGCGCGAUAUCACAUCGGCGGUGAUGUGGAAAACGGCAUCGUUGGUGGCUCCGGUGGUAUGACCGUCCUCGAGGUGAUCAAGGAGGAGGCCCUGUCAUACCGAGUGUCAUACCCGGAAGAAUACUUCAAGGCCGUGGCGUUCUAUCGCGGCACGAGCGAGAAUGAUGGGCGCGCCGAUGUCCUGGCUGUCAUUUGUAUUCUUGAUGAACGGGAGAUCGCGGAGAUGGAGGUUAGGAAGAAGAGGGAGAAUCAACUGGAUGAUCAAGGCUGCUUGUCCCUGCUUUUGACGUGUUGCAGGGGUUGAGGUUCGAUAAUAUAGUACAAUGGC